GUUCUCAUAAAUGUUUAUACAUUAUACAUUUGAUUUUGGGAAUUAGUUGACGAGGAUUCUUGCUUUUAUAGAUUUCAGUUUAUCCACAUUGUUUUGAUUGUGCGAAAAUCCUCGUGAAUUUUAUGUUUUAUGGACAAUCAUCCGGUUUGCACUGCCGAUCUUGUAUUCGAGAAACGUUCAAGUCUCCUGCUGAUUCUCAUUCCUUUUCUUCUUUCCUGAUGCUUGUGUUGACUUUUUUUAUUCUUCUUCCUUGGAAAUAAAUCACGACAAUGUUGACGGAUUAUGGGGAGGAGUGGUUAGGGUCAUGUAAUAUUCAGUUGCUUACUUGAUUCAGGCUCCAAUCAGGUUCAGUUUGAUUUGACUCACGAAGCAGGGAGGACUAGAGGUGGACAUCUUUGGUGAUAAGAGCUCUUAGUUGGGAUAUUGAUUUGGGAGGUGAACAAUGUCUACCAGGAGCGAACGUCAGACGCUCCCACUGGCAGUGCUGCUCAAGCGUGAGUUAAGCAAUGAGAAGAUCGAGAAACCAGAUAUCGUACAUGGUCAGGCCGGCCAGAGCAAGAAAGGGGAGGAUUUCACAUUAUUGAAGACGGAAUGCCAAAGGGUGACUGGAGAUGGACAUACCACAUUUUCCGUUUUUGCACUAUUUGAUGGACACAAUGGUUCUGCAGCAGCUAUAUACUCGAAGGAGAAUCUCCUAAACAAUGUUUUGUCUGCUAUUCCCUCAGAUCUGAGUAGAGAUGACUGGUUGGCAGCACUACCAAGGGCAUUGGUUGCAGGUUUUGUAAAAACUGACAAAGAUUUUCAAGAGAAAGCACAAAAGUCUGGAACAACUGUCACUUUUGUGAUAAUUGAUGGAUGGUUCCUUACUGUAGCAUCAGUUGGCGAUUCCCGUUGUAUAGUUGAAUCUGCUGAAGGUGUUAUCUAUUCUUUGUCAGCAGAUCAUAGGCUUGAAUGCAAUGAAGAGGAGAGGGAGCGUAUUAUUGCGAGUGGGGGUGAGGUUGGUCGGCUUAAUACUGGUGGUGGUACUCAGAUUGGCCCUUUGAGAUGUUGGCCAGGUGGCUUGUGUCUUUCAAGAUCUAUUGGUGACAUGGACGUUGGCGAAUUCAUUAGUCCUAUUCCCUAUGUGAAGCAAGUAAAGCUGUCUACUGCUGGAGGUAGGCUUAUCAUCUCAAGUGAUGGUGUUUGGGAUGCUUUGUCAUUUGAAAUGGCUCUGAAUUGUUGUCUUGGGAUGUCAGCAGAUGCUGCAGCUGAGCAAAUUGUUAAAGUGGCUGUACAAGAUAAGGGGCUUCGAGAUGAUACGACCUGUAUUGUGGUAGAUAUACUACCACCAGAGAAGAUAACUCCUUCUGCACCACCGUCUAAGAAGCAAGGGAAAGGGGUUUUCAAGGCCAUGUUCCGCAAAAAGUCUUCGGAAUCAUCAUCUCAUAUUGAUAAGGAAUAUAUUGAGCCAGAUGUUGUGGAGGAGAUAUAUGAGCAAGGUUCUGCUGUUCUUGCAGAAAGGUUAGAUACAGAAUAUCCGUUGUGCAACCUGUUCAAGUUAUUCAUGUGUGCAGUUUGUCAGAUAGAGAUGAAACCUGGAGAGGGCAUUUCUGUACAUGCUGGUACCUUAAAUCCAAGAAAAGUUCGCCCUUGGGAUGGUCCUUUCCUUUGCUUAAGCUGUCAAGCAAAGAAAGAAGCCAUGGAAGGGAAAAGACCAUCAGGAGAUGGUGCUAGAAUUAGUAGUGGAAGUGACUAGCAAUCUUAUUCAACAGCAUUGGGAUGAUUUUGCAAUCUACCUUGGUACUAACAAUUGUUUCAAAGCUAACCAGGACUCCGAAUUUCAAAGCCUCGUCCCUAAAACUAAUUUUGUUCAUUCCCAAGUUAGGGGAUUGAAGAUUUGUACUGCAUUAUGUCAUCAACUUCAGGAGCUAUUGAGAGUUCUGACUAACUAUCAAGUCACAAUGUCAGAGUUCAAGAUUCUUCAUUUAUUCAAGAAGCCACAACAUGAUUUGGAGAAUGAUUCAAUGCACCUGAUCUAUUCUGAGGACUUUGAGAGGUUUUGGUGAAUUCACUGAUGUCUUAGAGUUGCCUGAGAUGAUCCACUCAACUUGCUGUUUUCACUUCUGUAUAUUGGUCCCUUUUAUACAAUUAUCAUCAAAGCAAAGGAGUCUCAUGUAAUAUUAUGGCACAAAAGCAUGGGCGAGAAAUUAUACUAAUUUCUUAGUCUUGUUUAGAUGAAAUGUAAAAACUACUUCAUGAAUAUUAUGGAGCAUAUAUUGUAUUAAUUCGAUCCUUUGCUUAUCAAGUGGGGAAGUAAACCUCCAGAAUCAUGGGGGAUAACAGAGUUUACAAUAAAAUAAUUCAUUUUUCAAUUGAUAACAAUGAGACACUAGUGUAUUCCUA